ACGGUAGUCUGCUCCGACAGGGGGUGCGCUGUCUUCCUUCUCCUUGCUUACUGCUGCAUGUUUCUCUCUUUCACCUUCCAUAGCAGGAGCUCCCCCCGAACCCCCCGAGUCUCGGCUGUUUACCCCAUGUCGAGAGUGGAAUCAGUCUGUUGUCUAGUGCCGGACGUCAAUUGACUUGCAGACGGACGGUCCGCGCAAGCAUAUACUUUGGAUAUCCUCCUAGAGCCCCCGAGGGAAAGCACUCCGCCCGUUCCUGGGUCCACUAACCAGCAGCCACGACCCAUACCGCAAUAUCCCCGAUACCCGCCUCUCGGUCGUUGCCCACCGGUGGUACAGUUGCCUUUAUUGAGGGAUCACGGCCACGAAAUGUCCCUGGACCCCCGUUUUUACCACCACAUAGGCCACGGCACCGGGCCUGGCUCCCAGUCCUCCGCGUCAUCCUCCGGCCUCUCCGCAAUCACCGGCAUCACCAGUCCUUCCAUCAACUCGAUGACUGCCUCUGCCGCCGCCCUGCGCUCCGACGCGUCUAGUCCGUCGCUGCGCGCACGAGAGGGCGUGGCUGUCCCUGCGCACCGUGUCGACAUGUCCAGUCCUUCCGGUGGCGGCGGCAACGUGCGCGUUGUCGUCCGGGUGAGAAAGUUCCUUCCCAGAGAGAUCAACCGCAAUGCCCAAUGCCUGAUCAGCAUGGACCCAUAUACUCAGACAACCAAACUUAAAGCGCCCCAGGUGGGCCUGGGAGACGAAGGAAAGCCCAAAUCACAGGCGCGCGGAAAGGUCUUGGAGGAUAAGUCCUUUGUCUUCGACAACUCUUUCUGGUCACAUAACGAAAAAGACAGCCAUUAUGCGCACCAGGAAGAUGUAUACAACUGUCUAGGAGAAGAGUUUCUGGACCACAAUUUCGAGGGAUACCAUACCUGCAUCUUCGCCUAUGGCCAGACGGGUUCUGGCAAAAGUUAUACCAUGAUGGGCACCGGGGAACAGCCUGGACUGAUUCCUAGAACCUGCGAGGAUCUAUUCCAGCGCAUUGAAAACGCCGAGACCCCCGAUGUCAGUUUCAACGUCCGCGUCUCCUAUUUUGAGGUCUAUAACGAACAUGUACGCGAUCUACUGGUCCCCCGGAGCGAACCGCCAAACUAUCUCCGGAUUCGCGAGUCUCCUUUGGAAGGCCCGUAUGUUAAGGACUUGACAGAGGUAACGGUGAAGAAUUACGAGGAGAUUAUGAAGUUCAUGCGCAAAGGCGAUGUCUCUCGCACGGUAGCCAGUACCAAGAUGAAUGAUACGUCUUCCCGAUCACACGCGGUUUUUACCAUCACUUUGAAGCAGAUUCAUCACGAUCUUUCGACCGAUGAAACAACCGAGCGCACAGCGCGGAUACGCCUCGUCGAUCUGGCAGGUUCAGAGCGAGCCAAGUCCACUGAAGCCACCGGUCAACGACUCCGCGAAGGGUCCAAUAUCAACAAGUCUCUGACGACGCUGGGCCGAGUCAUCGCAGCGCUGGCUGAUCCUAAAUCGGGUCGGCCAGGCAAACGCAAGGGCAAGGACGUCGUUCCGUACCGUGACUCGAUUCUCACCUGGCUGUUGAAGGAUAGUCUGGGAGGCAACUCAAAAACAGCAAUGAUUGCGUGCAUCUCCCCCACUGAUUAUGACGAAACCCUCUCCACACUACGAUAUGCGGACCAAGCCAAGCGCAUUCGCACCCGCGCACGGGUCAACCAGGACCACCUCUCUGCUGCAGAAAGGGACAAGCAGAUUGCAGAGAUGGCCGAGACAAUCCGCACGCUCCAGCUGAGUGUCAGUCUUGCCACUGCCAACCGGCGGGAGAACGAGAUGCAGAACGAACGGCUCGAGGAGUACCAGCAGAAGGUGGAGAAGCUUCAGCGACUGAUGGAGGAGACAAAGAUGGUUAGUGAGUGCAAGAUCAGGCAGCUGCAGACGGAGAAUGAGGCCAUGCGCAACCACCUGAAGCUGGCCUUGGAUAGUAUCCGAAAUCCGAUUCCUCCGGUGGUUGUCCACAGACGCCGGAGUAGCUUGUACAGUGUAAAUGAAAACAACGGCUCCCCGACUAACCGCAAGCGGCGCGGCCGCGCCCGGUCACCUCCAUCCGACGUCGAGUUGGAGCCGGAGCCAGAACUCAUCUGGGAGGAUGAAGACACGAUCCAGAGUGACACCAGUCAUGUCGAGGCGCAAGAAAUGCAGGCGCAUAUGGAAAACCUUCUUGACGAUCUUAGCAUGUUCAAGCGCAAACUCGCCACGGAUCAUGAGCGAUUCCGACCGAGUUGGAAGCCCGAGGGCCGAAAGCGACGGCGAGCGCUGGGGGAUGUUUGGACGAAUACCCGAUAGACUUGGUGGGAUUUUGACUCGGCAGCGUGGGAGGCUCUGUGAUAUGGCGUUUGGAAGGGACUGACUUGGAUGCACAUAAUUGGGGGCCACUGGUUGUAUGCCUUGGACUGGGGUCUUUUGCGAUGAUAUCUUGUUGCGUUUUCUAUUUUGGACUUGUGUUCCAUUUUCUUCUUCGAUGAUGACAUGAUUGUAUGGUAGGAUGACAAGUGACAGAUGAUGGAUGCUUGAUGCCCAAAAAUACCAUGAGACGUUUGUGAUUAGUUGCUGCAG